AUUCGAGGCUGAUCUGAUUGGUUCCUCAAUUCAACGCGUACACGCUACCCCUUGCCUGGAAACCUUGGAAUAAUCGAAUGCGUGUGGAUCCAUGCUCGCUGCCUCGGGGAUGUCAUUACAGUCAUACCUACUUACCUAUGAAGAAACCGUUUCGGACCAGCCGUCAAGAAUACUCCACUUGGGCGCCGCUACCAUAUGUAUACACUGACUCUCCACCGGAGACGUCAGACAUUCCCUUCAUUCCUACAGCUUUGCUAUCAGAGCACUCGAGGACCCGCUGGUAUGUUAAUUGAGUCAAAACUUUGUAAACAGUCUUAACAUUGUUGUGUCUAGAAGCUUUAAAGUUGCAUCUGCCAAUCUCUCGAGAUAGUUUAAUUCGGUUCCAGCAUACUCCAUAUACCCCAACACUGUGAUGUCAAUCGCGCUCGCGGACCUACCUGCGGAGGUGUUGAUCGAUAUCCUCAGCGACGCAUGCACGGAUUCGGGUCUAACAGGUUGCUCGCUGACUUCAGUCUCGAGAGACUUCCGAGCCUUAUGUCUUUGGAGCGGCGUUGAUAUCCAAUGUGCCGCCGUUUAUGGUUUGGAGAGGAUGCGCAAGUUUCUUGUAAUGAUCGAGAGGAGAGAUCGGGACGCGAGAAGAGUCAAGCAUCUCUUUCUUACAGAUCGAGUCAGUGUAGAUGAUGGAUUUCUACCUAGCGAUUCAUGCUUUGACAUGGAGCGGCUUACUACCGACCUCGACAAACUUCCCGCCUGCUGGCUCAACCGCAUAUUACAUGCCAUCUCACCGUACCACCUCAAGACACUGACCAUCCUCAUGCCAUGUGCCCUCCUGACGACGGUUACCGCCCCCUCCAUAUUCUCCAUCCCAUUUCCCUCCCUUUCAGAACUCACGCUUCACGUUUCUGUAGGACCGUGUUUCUUCGAUGACUUUUCCGCCAUAUCGAGUCUGAAACGACUUCAUAUAGCCGCUUUUCGUGAGCUUCCAGGCGACAUUGGUAGUUCGAUAUCUAAGGUCGCUCCGACCUUGACACAUCUAAGGAUCUCUGGGGUCACUAACCCUCUAUGGUACGGAAACUUGCCAGAAGUUUUGAGGGAGUACGUCCCAGAGGAGCCUUCCCCGCCUUCCCCCGUGAUCUCCAAACCUCCAAGCGCAUUCCCCAUUCCCUCCCCCUUGGAUACAUCGCUGCCAGGCAGUUUGCCUCCAAGCCUGCACGAUGUUAUCAUCGGAUUUGCGCCCUUCUACCAAUUAGCAGUGAGGAACUUUGAGAGACGGAAGAUUGCGUAUUUUCAGACUGCCAAGGAGUUGAAGCGAAUUAUGCCACCAGAUGAACCUAAUACAACGAGGGAGAAGAGGUUGGUAGUGUUGGACCCACCACCGGUUACUGAGGAAGAUGAGAGGGAUGAUGUCCUACGGGAGAGAUAUAAGUUGAUUCGAAUGGAGUGGGAGGAGAGGAUACUUGGGGACGAAGGGUGUUGGAAGGUAGCGUAGGAUUUGGAUGGGAUUCACGUGGAUCUCAUGGUCAGUUUGUUCUCUCCCGAACUUUGGGCUACGACGAUCACAAACAAAGAUACUCUGGUUUCUCUCCAAUCACUCCUCUCGAAGACGCUC